AAGGAUUGUUGUUACCGCAAUAAAAUCCGACGAGCAAGUUCCUGCUGUAAAUAUUGUAGAUAUUAUAGCCUCAUCCCAAUAAUUACAAAAAUGCUGUCUGCACAUUCACCAAGAUCAACACAAGCCUACAAAGACAACGACAACGUUUCACAGAUGAAGAACCUGAAGAACAAUGGAGAAAAUAUUCCAAAAAAGCAAGUAAAAGUGCUUGGAGAAAGUCAAUCGCAGAAUAUCAUCAAUGGCACGCCAAAAAAGAGCGAGAAUCAGAUUGUGAAGAAAUUUGAAAAGCCAGUCAAAGUUGUCGAGGCAGAACCAAAGAAGUUUGAUUAUCAAGAUGAACCCCUUCUCCGAGACAACCCCAGGCGAUUUGUGGUGUUCCCCAUCCAGUACCCUGAUAUCUGGGCGAUGUACAAGAAGGCGGAAGCUUCUUUCUGGACUGCCGAGGAGGUUGAUUUGGCCAAGGAUGCCAAUGACUGGGACAGUCUCAAGGCUGAAGAGAAACACUUUGUCUCACAUGUGCUUGCCUUCUUCGCUGCAAGUGAUGGCAUUGUCAACGAGAAUUUGGUUGAGAGGUUUGGCAAGGAAGUGCAAGUGACUGAGGCACGGUGUUUCUAUGGUUAUCAGGUUGCCACUGAGAACAUCCACUCGGAGAUGUACAGUUUACUGAUAGAUACCUACAUCAAGGACUCAAAUGAGAGGAAUUACCUCUUCAAUGCCAUUGAGACUAUGCCGUGCGUCAAGAAGAAAGCUGACUGGGCCCUCAAGUGGAUCAAUGAUGAAAGCGCAUCAUUUGGAGAACGUGUUGUUGCCUUCGCUGCUGUGGAGGGUAUCUUCUUCAGUGGAUCCUUUGCUGCCAUCUUCUGGCUCAAGAAGCGUGGACUGAUGCCUGGUUUGACAUUCAGCAAUGAGCUCAUUAGCAGAGACGAGGGUCUUCAUUGCGAAUUUGCCUGUCUGAUGUUCAGCCAUCUUGUGAACAAGCCAUCAGUUGCCAAGGUCACCGAAAUCAUCCGUGAUGCUGUGAGGAUUGAGCAAGAGUUCCUCACUGAUGCUCUGCCAUGCUCCCUUAUUGGCAUGAACUGUGACCUCAUGAAGCAAUACAUUGAAUUCGUUGCCGACAGGUGGCUGAGUGAGCUCAAAUGCCCAAAGGUGUAUGGCUCAGAGAAUCCUUUCCCAUUCAUGGAACAGAUCUCAAUGGAAGGAAAGACGAAUUUCUUUGAGAAGCGAGUGGGUGAAUACCAGAAGUCUGGUGUCAUGUCAACAAGUGGGGAAAACAGUUCAUUCUGUUUGGAUGCUGAUUUUUAAAACGGACACUUUUGUGACCAAUCUCUGCAAAAUGUGCAAUGCAAGUUGAUGACUUUUAAUGUGAUGAUCCAGGUUUUAGACCUCCAAGCAGCUUUUUGCGUUGCAGUAAAGUUGGGCCAUUUUAACAUGAUGCGGUAACCAGCAUUAAGAGAUGCUCGUCGUCUGGCCCAGAUUUUAUUUGUGUAACGUGUGGUUGUGCAGUCAAAGGCAUUUUAUAGAUUUUUUACUUGGAAUUUAGCAGAGCAGUUAUCACUGCUUUUUACGACUGCGACAAUUUCCAUAAAUCUAUUUUUAUUAAUGUAUUGAAUUGAUCUUGGUGUGGCAUUUUCAGUGCUUCAGACUAUUUUUAGUUCUGCCCACUGAAUCAUGUCUGAAAUGUAAUGUAUAUAGGAUUGAUUGUUAUCUUCUUAACUUCAGUAUAUUGGUAUGUAGAUAAACAAGACCAGUUAAAAUUUGUUGUGAACAGAAUUUCGAUUAUAAGUAUUCAAUCUUGAAAGUAUGAACACGACAUAGUUGAAAUAUCACAUAGCGAGCAAAUGUAACAAAAUACUUGAUAAAUUAUAAAUGAUACCAACCUCUUGUUACUUUCGAACUGGAGGCAGGAACUUGCGAUUCUUUUUUAAAGAAAGCUGCUCUUAUCAUUUGGAAUUUUAUCCUGUUAUACUUCUUGUGUAAGUUUUUUGGUAAUAAAUGUUAGUUAAAUUA